AUGUCGCAAAGGGGCAAAGCCCCCAGGAAACCUCCUGACAGGGGAGCUCCCCGAACUGUUGUGCGUCGGGAUCUGAGGAACCCGACCAAGCUGGUCCCCGCCACUGAGCUGGGGACCUUCCACGCUCGCCCGGCAUCCAAGGGCACCCCCUCUGCCCUCGCGGGAAGCGGCAAUGAUGCCGCCGACCGGGAACCAGGCAGAGGGGAAAGAUGCGCACAACCCGGCCCAUCUAAGAGACGCGCACCGCCGUCGCCGACCUCGCCCGCUAGAGGCGACAAACGGAGGGACGUAGAGGAGUCCCCCCCCCGCGACCUGGACCUAGUGAAGGCGCCGCCGACGCCGAGAAUCCGGCUUGUGGACAAGGGCUACCAACCCCUACCGUCCCAGUCGGGUACCGUGCGGCGAAAGCCCUCACCCCCUCCGCGCUCACCCUCCCCCCCGCCGGAUAGCGGGAGCGAGGAGGGAGGGGAAGACAGGCGUUUUUACGGUGACGCAUGCUCGUCGCCGUCACCAGCGUCGUCGCCCGAGACAUCGCGAGCACCCUCGCCACUACCCCGUUCCUACACAUUGGAUAGGGGUGGAUAUGACGUCACAUCUUAUGCGGCACUCGAGGCGGUUUCACUAUCGCCCGAACCGAUGCUCCCCCCCGUCCCCUCGCCUAGAAAGAGAACCCCGCCGUCAUUCGCGGCAGUAGCGGCGGGUCCCGCCACCUCGGGCCCCGCCACCCCAGCCCCUGCCACCUCGGGUGCCCCGGCACUCGCUCCGCCCCUCCCCUCUCAGACGAGGAACGCCGACGCAGGCGCUGAACCCGCCACAGGGCGAGGAAAAUACCCCCCCAUAGUGGCAGAACGCCUCCCAACUCCCAAAUUGGACGCGCCACUUCGAGCAGCUUAG